GGUGCUUUAAUUAUUCGUUUACCAAGUGCUUUCUAUUUACCUUUUUUAAAGUGUGGUUGUGAUGGAGAACUCUGACUGUGAAAAAAGUGAUGAAGGUGAUUAUCUUCAAGUGAAACAAACGAAAAGUGUUUUUGGUAACUUAAAAAAAAGCCCUCUUGGGAUUGGCGAUGGAUUGAGUGAAUCAGCAAGAAAACGUCGGACAUUAGCAUUUAAAAAAGAGGCUGAAAAGUUAUGCGAGAAGUUCAAGCUAGAAAUACUGCUUGGAAUUCAUUCCCCUACAGCCGUUAGAAAAAGCUGGCAUUUUGAUGGCUAUGGUGUGCGGAUGAAGCAAUUUGCUAAUGAGACUGCUAUUGAUGACAAGAUAAACUUGCAAGAAGCGGUUACUGCAUCCAGUUGCAUUACUGGACCGUUUAUCAGCGCUGUAGGAGAGGAAGCAAUAAUUGUUGCUCAGCAGCGUGGUGCCAGUAGGCAACUAGAGUUGGAAGCAUUAAAGAAAAAAAAGGAGGAGAACCGAAUCAAAAGGAUGGGCCAUGCUUAUGGUCGCCAAAAAAUAAGUCAAAAGACAACAAACUCAAGUUCAGGAUCUUUCGCCGUAAUCCCUUCACCUUCGAAAUCUAUUUCUUCUGGCAGCAGCUUGGUGGCGACAAGCACUUCUCCCUUUAAAGUUUCCCUGUGCAACAACAUUGAAGACACACAAGGUGUUAAACGGAAGAUAUUUGAUCGAACGGAAUCUGACAUCCAGGAUGUGGUAGUAAUCUCCGACCUUGACGAAGCUUUUUCUGAGGUCUCAAAUGAGUUACCGCCAACUCCUCCACCUAGUAGAUUAUCUUUCCUACUUGCAGCUCCGACUGUCGCUAUUGGAAAGCGCACUGUAACUGCCCCAGAUCCAGCGACUGGCAGGAAGACUUUCUCGGCGUCCUCGGAUGAAAAUGUUGCUGCGUGUGCUACCCUGACAGCUCCGAAUGUCGCUAUUCGAGAGAAGACUAUAACUGCACGAGUUCUCGCGGCCAAUAGGAAGACGAUUUCGGCAUCCUCGGCUUCCCUGGCGGAUCCAUCUGUCGCUAUUAGAAAGGUGUCUGUUACUCCAAUUGCCCGAGUUCCAGCGGCCGGAAGGAAGACGUUUCUGGCGUCCACGGUUUCCCUAGAAGCUCCAUCUGUAGCUAUUGAAAAGGUGUCUCUUACUGCAACUGCCCCAGUUCCAGCGGCCGGAGGCAAGACGAUUCCGGCGUCCUCGGUUUCCCUAGAAGCUCCGUCUGUCGCUAUUGAAAAGGUGUCUCUUACUGCAACUGCCCCAGUUUCAGCGGCCGGAGGGAAGACUAUCACAUCGUCCUCGGAUGAAAACGUAGCUGUCUCGGCUCCCCUGACAGUUCCGACUGUCCCUAUUCGAAAGAAGACUAUAACUGCACGAAAUCCAGCGGUCGGAAGGAAGACGAUUCCGGCGUCCGUGGCUUCCCUGGCGGAUCCAUCUUUUGCUAAUGGAAAGGUUUCUGUAACUGCAAGUGCCCCCCUUCCAGCGGCUGGGAGGAAGACGAUUCCGGCGUCCUCGGUUUUCCUAGAAGCUCCGUCUGUCGCUAUUGAAAAGGUUUCUGUAACUGCAACGGCCCCAGUUCCAGCGGCCGGAGGCAAGACGAUUCCGGCGUCCUCGGUUUUCCUAGAAGCUCCGUCUGUCGCUAUUGAAAAGGUUUUUGUAACUGCAACGGCCCCAGUUCCAGCGGUAGGAGGGAAGAAUAUCACAUCGUCCUCGGAUGAAAACGUAGCUGUCUCGGCUCCCCUGACAGUUCCGACUGUCCCUAUUCGAAAGAAGACUAUAACUGCACGAAAUCCAGCGGUCGGAAGGAAGACGAUUCCGGCGUCCGUGGCUUCCCUGGCGGAUCCAUCUUUUGCUAAUGGAAAGGUUUCUGUAACUGCAAGUGCCCCCCUUCCAGCGGCUGGGAGGAAGAUUUCCCUGGCUUCAUGUGAUUCCGCUGCAGGAAAAGGGGCUGGUGCUGCUAAACAAAAUACUUUACCGGUUGUUCCAACCACCGUUGCUGAAAGUGUGGCGAGUGUGGCCCACUCAUCUUUCUCUGAAAAAAAAGAUACCGAGCUGUCCAAGAAGCCUAUCGUGACCAAGCGUAAGCGCUCGAUAAAGACAAGAACCGAAGAAGAAUAUAAUAAUGGUUUAUGCGAUUUCCAACUGUGUUCUAAGCCCAAUCAAGACUUGGUGGGGUGCGACAUCUGCGAUAGAUGGUUUCAUUUUAGAUGUGUGAAAAUAAAGAAGGGUGAAUACACUGAAGACCAACCCUAUCUUUGCUCUGUUUGUAUUAAGUAGGCUCAAGAAGACACCAACAUUUGCUCACUUUCUAUAUUAAUUUCCAUACGUAGAAUUUAGAGAUGUCGAUGGGAAUAAAGAAAAAAAUCCCCGUUGGUUUUAUAAUUGUAAUGAUUGUGUUUGACUGUUUGUACAGUAUUGUAUUAUGGCUACUCCUUCUCUCAAUUUCCUAAGAAAAUAAAGA